AUGGCCGCUCCAUCGCCGUCGUCGCUCUUCUUGCGACUGGUUAACACAUGGAGACAUCUCGCCCUCCGCAGCGACGUUGACGACAUCCUGCUGGAGCUGCUGGGCCGCUUCUCGCUCGAAAAGAUCUACGCCGGUGCCGCCGAUCGGGACGAGUACCAGAACCUCGUCAUCGCCCUGCUCUCCCAGCUCAAGGCCGUUUUCGAUCUCCAGCGGUUGACAAUCCCCGCCGACAACACCCACCUUGGUUGGUACCUCGGCUUUCUCGUGAGUUGGGAGGUUGCCUUGCGCUCGGUCGAGUUCGUCCUUCAGACCGUUGUCGAAAGCCGAGAGUGCCUCUGGGAACAUAGCCAGCUGCGUGACCGCUACCUGGCUGAGUUUCUUCUAUCUGCUCUCCGCGUCCUCGCCCUUCACCCAAAGGCGCCAACAAACCAGCGCGCAAGGGACCGUCGCGAGCGCUUUUCCCGCAUCCAUGGUUCCUUGGAGCAGAUUUUUGAUAGCUACCCAGGGCCCAAGUCGUUUCUGCUCGAGGUAUGCAAAGAGGUAACUGGUCAGCUUCAUGCUGACCCAGACGCCCUCGCCCUGCCCUCGGGGCUCCGGUCCACGCUUCCUACUUUGAUGUCGGAGCUGGUACGUAUCAUCCCUAUGUUUCGCUCUCAUUGCCCCUGCUUCUCCCCCCCCCUCAUCGUAGCUAGUUCGCGUACACACCGAUACCUAGGGUUGUUUUACCCCUUGCCUCCUUGUCUGCAGGGCGCGUCCAUCUCCGAGCUUACCCCUCCGAAUGGAUUCGGCAAUUGGCUAGCCCAGUUCUUGACUCUUCGAGACGUAUCGCAAUACGUGGUUGCCGCGUCCGUUCAAUACGCUGCCAACGGGGAAACGCACGAUAUGCGACUCCAGGCCUGCUCUGCCAGGUCACGAAACGCCGUCCUGUCUGCACUAGACAACCUACGCAUCCCUCCCCACCUCUCCAGGGUUGACAUGGUUGCAGCCUUCAGCAGCUCAUUCCGCAUCAUACUCCCGGACACCCUGUAUCUCUCCCGCCCAGACGUGGCUGGGCCCCGGGUAGACGAGUGCGAGUUGGAUGCACUCGACGCCCUGUGCACGAGGCUCAAGGAGCGCCAGGUCAUACAUCGCGUCAGCGACCGGGAAAUGGCGCACAAUACGUCGCAGGUGCUCAGAAAUAUUCUCCUGCAGGAUGAGCCCAGCGGUCGCUUUGCUCCCAUGCGUCCGGGGCUUUUCGUAGUCAAUUGUCCAGAAUGUCAUUUAGCUGGGGCAUCGCAGCUCAAAGCCUCCGGCAUUCAACUGCCGCCGGAUCCCGCAAGCACUCCCGAAGUCAGCCUCCCGCCCAAGUCGAGCUGUUUGUACUGCGGCGAGGCAAUCACACUUGCUCGCGAGGUGCCGACAGCAAGGCAGACCUGGGAGCUGCUCGACCCUCUUCGCCCCGAUGCCGAUACCAUCCAUGUAGAACGGCACCUGCCGACGCAGUUCCAGUUGGGCCCGCCAAGGCCAGAAGUAAGCGGGCUGCUUCCGCCGGGCUACAGCAGCGCCGGCAGCGAGAGACCUCGCGAGCCUCAACAAGUAUUUGCCACGUCCUUCCCAGUGAAAUCAGGAUUUCCAAGCCCGACGUUCAGUGGUGACGUGAACAGCCCGGGCUAUCCAGGACCCGUGUCUCCGCAGUCGCCCAGCCCCUACCAGUCCACCAUUCCCCUGCGAAAUGAACCGUCGCGUCCCGAUAUAUCCAAUGAUCAAAGGAAGAAGACCUUGGAAGAAACGGAACACACUCUUGCUCAUCCGGACCCUGCGUUCUUGACAGACCCGCCUCCUUUCCCGCGCGACUCGCCUGUCUUGCGCAGACAAACAGGACCGGAGGACGUCCAUGCGAUUCAUACCCCCCGGUCAAUCCCUGCGGUCACGUCCAUCGAGAAGGGAAAGUCCAGAUGGAGAUUGAAAUUUACUGCAUCGAAAAAAGCCCCCGUCGGGCCUUCCGGUGACUCCAGUUCCCUGUCCUCGACAACGUUGGAGUCUCAGAAACUGGAAGAGGUACCCCUCUCUGGCCUUCUCAACACACAAAAGUCCCACGCAAGAGGGAAGCCAUCCAAGAACAUCAACGUCUACCUAUCUCACAACUCGGCAUUCGCUCUCUUUUGGACGCAGCUCCUCAUCCAUGUGUGGGACGUUGGAACGUCACCGCCCACCUUGAUGCGAGCCAUCCUGCCAGAAAGCACCUGCAUUCUGGCAGCGGUAGCCAAGGUUCACUUGGCCUAUAUCAUCGGGACAAGGGACCAGAAACUCACGUUGCGCGUCGUGAACCUGGUGCAGCCAAUGACGCCCGUGGUCGAGUACCGGAUCCCAUCAUCGCUAUGGUGCAAGAGCAUAGCAAUCGACCGGCAGGAAAACUACGUCGUGGUUGGCUUCGAAAACGCCACCGUCCGCUUCUUCAACGCGAGGAAUUUGGAACAGCCGCGCGAAGACCGGCUCCACGCCCUCUACCAGCAACACGACUGCAGACGCUGUCCGUCCGUAGAUACACUAGCCUUCUCCGACGACGGGCUCGUCCUCCUCGCAAGCACCCGCAGCCCCAAAACAGGCCUGAUUCAAAUCUACUCGUGGCGGUUCCCAUUUCACACCUUCCAGGAACUCGUUGCCUGCCGGUACUCAGUUCCGCUCCACGAGUCUGAGGACAACGGCGUCUCGUCGGCCAUCUUCCGCCCCGGCGUCGUUGACGGCCAAGACAAUCUGGUCUGCAUCACCACAUGGACACAGUCCGGCACGCCGGUGCUGAUCCAGCCCCAGGACGGGCACAGGAGCGAGAUCAAGACGGACGGCCUCUCCGGGGGUGGGGUUGGUGGUGGUGGGCGGCACCACAGCAGCAAGCUUGGAAACCGCAUUCAAUGUGCUUCCUUUUCGCCCUCGGGGAGGGAGCUUGUGUUGGUCAACGACAAGGGGCAUGUGUUUCAGGUGUCGAAUCUCAACUCCAGCCCCAUGGAUGUUUGGCGAAUCGCGUCGACCAAGGAGCUCACCGCCAAGUCGGAUUCGUUCGCCAUGUCGUUUAUGAACCUGAACGAUGAGGAACAUGUUGUCGUCGCGUGGGCUGACUGUUCGAGGGCCAUGGGGUGGGUUAAGAAGAUACCCGCCGUGUCAAGGGUACGUUCCACUUUUACUUGCUUGUAACGUCAUCACUCUUGUGCGAUUGCUUCCUGGCCUUUUGAUGUGCACUGACAAAGCUUUUUUGCCUCCUGCAGAGUCACUUUGGUAGCCUCGACAUGGCGGGGUUGGUGUACGAGACGGGCUCGUUUGCUG